GUCUAUGUGUCAGAGGCGCGUGACGGGGACAUACUGCGGCAGCUGGAGAGCGUGGCACGCCAGGCGCCAGGCGCCUGCCUGGCCAACCUGUUUACUGACGAGCCCUACAACCGAACCAACUUCACGCUGGUGGGGCGCUCGGUGCCGGCGCUGGCAGCGGCGGCCUCUACCCUGGCACGCGCAGCGCUGGCACUGCUGGACCUGCGGCAGCACGCUGCCACCCAUCCCCGCCUGGGAUGCGUGGACCACAUCUCCUGCCACCCGCUGCCGACGUCUGAAGCAGGGUCGGCGGCAGCUGCGGCAGCAGCAGCAGAUGCUGGAGAGCUGCGGCAGCGGCAGCAGGACGAGGCGGGCGCGGCAGCGCUGGCUGUGGCGAUUGCGAGUGAGCUGGGCAGCGGGCCGCAGGCGGUGCCAGUUUACACCUAUGGCUGGGCUCACCAGCAGCGGCAGCCAUUAGAUGCAGUGCGGCGGCAGCUAGGCUACUUCCAGGGCUCUAGCUGGCAUGGCGGCCUGCAAGCCCCAGCAGCCGAGGCUGCAGGGGCUGCUGAUGCAGAACUGCAGCUGCCGCUGGCGCCGUGUUUUGGGCCGGCAGUGGUGCCUGCGCGCAGUGGCGUGUGCUGUGUGGGCGCUGGGAGAUGGAUAGUGAACUACAACGUGCUGCUGCUGACAGAAGACAUGGUGGCAGCAAGGGCCGUGGCCCGCAGCGUGAGCGAGCGCGGCGGCGGCCUGGCAGCCGUGCAGGCAAUGGCGCUGCGCCACUUGGGCGGCAUCGAAGUGGCCUGCAACCUGCUGCAGCCUGCCACCACGCCGCCAGAGGCGGUGCUGGGCACAAUACAGCGGCUGGCGGGGCAGAGAGGGCUGGCGGUGGGGCCCGCCUACCGCACCAACAAGGCGCCAGAGGAGCUGGUG